AUGGCUGAGCCAUUGGAACGUCCCCCUCCCGGCUCCAGGGCUAUUAAGAUACCUCUAUACAACAAAACCCUUACAGGCUAUUCCACUCCUCGACGCAGCCAACGUUAUGUCAAGAAUGCAGAACGAGCCGAUACUUCCGAUGCAGGCCCGUCCUCGCUCAGCUCUGACCAGGAAUCUACAUGGGCAUGCAGUCCUUUCUCAGGGCCGUCCCACGACCGUUUGCAAACUGCAGCAUAUCCCUCAGCACAAAACAGUCAAUUUACUAUUCCAGCAACGCCUUCCGAAGACGCAACCCCAUCUCAGCGAAAGGACAAGCACAGGGCUAGCUUCCCCCCACCCAGCGGCGUGCCCAUGCAGUUCAGCCACUCGUCCUCACCGCUCGGCCCCUCGAUGCUGUCGUCCAGCUCCUAUAAGUCCAUCAACCUCAAUUCCCGCUUCGACGACCCUGAUGAGCCUCCUCGUCUGAUUACCUACACCAAACACAGUCAAGGGUUCACAUGGAAUGAUGAGCUGUUUUUGCCAAGUUACAUGCUCGGGCGGUAUGGAGAGCGAGGGAGGAAGAAGCAAUACGAUGGAGACUUUGGAGACGAGGAACAUUGCCCAGUUGCCGAGAUCUUCGUCACGGACGAGGAAGCUGAGGCUAUGAUGCCCUGA